GGGCCACGCACAGUGUGCCGCGACGCUCCUGUUGGUUGACAUGUGCACCGGAGCAUAUUUGCACCAUUGGACCCUGGCUCCGCUCGAGAAGAAAAGAUGCCGGGUAAGUGGUGAAGGGGGUUUAGGUCUAGUGGACCCCACUUCUUCGUGGAAGCGGCAGACAAGGCAUUUCGCAGCGGCUGGACGAGCCCAUCUCGCUGCAUGCAUGUGCACGUCUUUUCGUGCCCAUGUGGGCAAUCCCUUCUUUUUACUUCCAUCGCACCGUUUUCGCUUGUUCGUUUGCGUUUACUGUUCCUGUUUCUUGGGUCCCUUUUUUAUUGAGGUGCUGCGUUCCUGCAUAUAGGCAUUGUUAUCAGGCGCGCGACUGGGUAUGGCUGCUUACGAAGCUCAGCCGCUUGGCAGUAUGGAUAAGCAAGCUACGUUGGAGUCGCGGGCGAAUGCGUCGCGGUCGCUGGAUGGGGAUGAGAGUCAGGAGUAUCAUGAGUCUCUGAGGGGUUUCACGAGGGCUGAUCGCGCGGAUAUGGAGCGCAUGGGCAAGGUGCAAGAGUUGAAAAGAAAUUAUCGGCCGUUGUCUGCGUUGGCGUUUACCGUUAUCUUGCAGGGGACUUGGGAAGUGCUUUUGACUGCAACAUACCAAGGCCUUCUCGAUGGAGGUCCAGCAGGUCUUAUCUGGAGUUUUGUCUGGACAUGGUUCGGCUUCAGCACUGUCAUGCUGUCACUAGCAGAGAUGGCAUCUAUGGCACCGACCGCUGGUGGCCAGUACCACUGGGUCUCUGAGUUCUCACCUCCAAGCGUCCAGAAGCCAUUCAGCUACUUCAUCGGAUGGAUGUCAACACUGUCAUGGCAAGCCGGUACGGCGUCCGGACCUUUCCUUGUCGGAACCUUGAUCCAAGCCUCCGUCAUCGUCAUGUACCCAGAAUAUGAACCUACCAACUGGCAGGGAACGCUCAUGGUUAUUGCCGUGACCUUUUUGGUCUGGGUCCUCAAUAUCUGGGGCUCGAAGGCUAUGCCUAUUUUCCAGAACGUCAUGUUAGUCGUCCAUGUAUUCGGUUUCUUGGCCAUCAUCAUCGUCUUCUGGGUUCUGUCGCCUCGGGCUACUGCCGAAGUCACCUUUACGCAGUUCAAGAAUGGUGGGAACUGGAGUACGAAUGGGCUAGCUCUUAUGGUGGGUCAAGUGUCAGCCAUCUACGCGUGUAUCUGCUCCGACUCCGCAGCCCACAUGGCCGAAGAGAUCAAAGACGCCGGCAAGACCGUCCCCCGCGCCAUGAUCGGCGCAUACCUCAUGAACGGCUCCCUCGGAAUAGUCUUCCUAAUCAGCUACAUGUUCAUGAUCACCGACGUCGACGCCGCACUCGCAGAGGACUACCCUCACAUGUGGGUUUUCGCCCAAGCCGUAAACUCCGGCGGUGUCGUAGCCCUCAACGCCAUCCCCACCGUGCUUAUCUUCGCCGGCACACUGACUUUCAACUUGUCGACUUCGCGCCAGACCUGGGCUUUCGCUAGAGACAAGGGUCUGCCAUUCAGCAAAUGGAUCGGCCAUGUUGAUCCAAAGUUGGAAAUUCCGGCGAACGCUGUGACGGUGACUUGUCUUAUUACGGUUGCGCUGAGUCUGAUUAAUAUUGGAUCUGAUACUGCUUUUAACGCUAUCAUCUCCCUCAACGUCGUAGCCCUCAUGAUAACAUACAUGUUCUCCAUCGGCGCCGUCCUCUACCGCCGCAUCCGCCACCCCGAACUCCUCCCCAACUGCCGCUGGUCCCUCGGAAAGUGGGGAGUACCCAUCAACAUCGGAGGAGUCUUGUACUCUACUCACGCUUUCUUCUGGUGCUUCUGGCCCGAGUCUACGCCUAUAGAAUUGGCGUACUUUAACUGGGCUGUUGUUAUGUUUGUUGGUGUGGCUAUUCUGAGUGGUAUCGAUUAUGCUAUUCGUGGACGUAAGCAAUAUAAGGGGCCUGUUGUGCUUGUCGAUGGGUUCAAGGGCGAAUGACAGAUACGUGGUUUAGAACGAAGGGGUGAAGAAGAGGAAGGCGAGGGCGAUGAGUUACUUGGGUUUGAUGCUAAUAGAUCUGACGAUGAAGAUGAAGAUGAAGAUUGAAUAUAGACUUUUACUCCACUUAACUUGGUCUAAAUGCCAUGCGAAUCGAAUGGUCGUACGCAUGUGACACGGACUCAUAGUACCGUUGAUCAUUGUGAUUGACGCACCAGCGGCCUUGGUAUCCGUUCAUUUAUAUUCACCGGCGGAGGCCUAAUGUGGGGGUAUAGUCGAGAAGCGGUCAAACACGCGACUUUCCGGUAGCUGUAACCGACACCAGGCUGUCUUUGAACGCCGUUGGGUAGUCAGGUCCUUCGUUGC